AUGAGACUGUCAGCCCUACUUUCGGCGGCUGCCAUCUGGCAUGCCACAACAGCCCAACUCAUCGGUCCAGUAGGCCCAACAACAGAUCUCAGUGACAAGAACAUUGAAUGCAACAUCCUAAACUAUGGCGCCAAAGCAGAUAACAAAACGGACAUCUCCACAGCUCUGGAAGAUACAUUCACUGAUUGCGUCUUGAAGAAUCCCGGCAGUCGUCUGAUAGUCCCCGAAGGUGACUACCUCAUCAAUAGAUCGGUUGUACUCAGCAAUGCCACAAAUUGGGCUUUGCAAUUGGAUGGAUUGAUCACGGCUGCAUAUGGUGGUAAUUGGACUGUGGAUCGUGAGUUGAUACUUCAGGGCUUUGCGGGCGUGCAAGUCCUCAAUUCUACAAUUAAUGGGGAGGGAGAUAACAAGUUUUUGUUAGAUGUAUUGGUCAUCGUCAAUGCUGUGGAUUUUGAAUUUUACUCCUCCAAUGGUCUGGGUGCUUUCCAGGGUCAGGGAUACAUCUACAGAAAUCUUAAUAACACCGACCGUCCACGUCUUGUCCGCUUGGUCUCGCCAACAAAUGCAUCAGUACAUGACUUGAUUCUUGUCGACAGUCCCAAGUUCCAUAUUGUGCUGGACUUUGCUGUGAACGUUGAGGCUUACCACAUCACUGUUCGAGGUGCCAACCUAGGAAGUUAUGAUGGUAUUGAUGCAAUAGGCACAAAUUAUUGGAUCCACGACAAUGAGGUCACCAAUCGCGACGAGUGUGUUUCAGUGAAGAGUCCUUCUCAUCAUGCUUUAGUCGAGAACCUGGUCUGUAACCAGGCUGGAUCUGGCAUAUCUAUUGGCAGUCUGAAUGUUUCUGCUGAGAUAUCUAACAUUGAAGCACGAAACAUUAGCAUCAUCCAAGGCAACAACAUCGCCUUCAUCAAAACAUAUCCUGGAGGAUCUGGCUAUGUGACCAAUGUCACUUUCGAGAAUUUCCGUUCCCUUGGUAGUCUCUAUGGGCUCGACAUCAAUCAGUACUGGCAAAAUACUUUUACGCCAGACACCGGCGCUGUUACACUAAGUAACCUCCUUUUCAAAAAUUUCUCCGGCUCCGUCGCGAAUGGCGCUCUUCGUCCCCCUCUUUACCUGAUCGCCAACGACUUAACAUUUGCAACAAACGUAACCGUAGAAGACUUCUCCAUCUGGACCGAAACGGGAACACAAGUGUUGAACCGUAUUAGUAACAUUUUCGGUCACGGCGAUAACAGCUAUGGCACUAAUGAUGGAAUUCCAUCUUUGAGUGCCGGGAAGGCUCCUUAUACUUAUACCAGUACUUAUACCAUUACCGCAUCGCCAACGAGUUGGCAAGCACCUUCGACUCCAACAUGGGCUGUUGCAAGCACGGGCUACGGCACUGCGUCCCCGAUUCCCGUGUAUACGCCGGCUCCUCUUUGGAGACCUGGUGGAGUCGACUAUGACUUGCACUACUGGGGAAGUUUUUAA